GUCCGAGUUGGUCCGAGUGUUGAGGUCGGUCAAACGAAUUAUACAUAUCUCGCAUUUUAAUAAUGUCACAUCUAAAAUAUAUGAAAGAAAUAAAUAAUUUGACUCGAAUGGAUGAGAACAUUAAAGGACCGCUUCCACGAUGGCAAAAAAAAUGUUUGGAGACAUCAAAUUCAAGUGUCAAUAUCAGUGUCAACUCCGCCCGAAAAAUUACAAACGGAUCGUUCGUUAAUACAACUACAGGAAAAACACCAACGAAAAAAAAUGAUACUCGAACUAAAAAAACCCCUUCCAAAGGCUCCAAGAAAUCGCCAAGCCGUACUUCAUCUACACCUGCUAAAACACCUAGUGGUGGUGAUAGGUUCAUUCCUUCCAGAUCAACUACCAAUUUUGAUCUUGGACAUUAUAAACUACAGCAACAAGCAAAUGUAGAAAAAGAUGAGGAAGGAAAAGUGGACAAUGUAAGUCCUUCUAAGAGGGAAAUGCAACGUCUUAUAGGAGAAAAUUUUCAUGGUGGUGAUAUCAAUAAUAUGAGAGUUUUGUCCUAUCAAAAUAAAGCCCCAGCCCCUCCAGAAGGAUAUCAGAACCCAUUACGGGUUGUGUAUAGUCAGAGUAAAACACCAGCAAGUGUGAAAGCAUCUACCAGAUAUAUUCCACAAACUCCUGAUAGAAUAUUAGAUGCACCAGAAAUUGUUGAUGACUAUUAUCUGAACCUGAUAGAUUGGUCAGAAAGUAAUAUCUUAGCUGUAGCAUUAGGCUCUAAUGUAUAUUUAUGGAAUGCUGCGACUGGAACUAUAGAGCAAUUAUUCGAAUUAGAGGGCAAUGAUUAUAUUUGUUCCGUUGCAUGGAUUCAAGAAGGCCCAUAUUUAGCUGUGGGUACUACAGUAGGAAAUACAGAAUUAUGGGAUUGUAGUCAGACAAAAAGGGUACGUGUAAUGAAUGGUCAUGCAGCAAGAGUAGGGUCCCUUUCUUGGAAUUCCCAUAUUUUGACGAGUGGAUGCCGAGCAGGACAAAUAGCGCACCACGAUGUUAGACAAAGAGAUCACUUACUAUCAUCAAUAAACGCACAUGCUCAAGAAGUAUGUGGAUUAAAGUGGUCACCUGAUGGAAAAUAUUUAGCAAGUGGCGGUAACGAUAAUAUGCUUUUAAUAUGGCCAUCAAUUGGCGGGCAAAAUUAUAGCCAAACGCAACCAAUAUAUUCAUUAAAUCAACAUCAAGCUGCCGUAAAAGCGCUGGCGUGGUGUCCGUGGCAAAAUAAUAUUCUUGCAAGUGGAGGUGGUACAGCCGAUAGAACAAUUCGAUUUUGGAAUUGUAAUACAGGCGCAUGCUUAAAUACAGUAGAUACUAAGUCUCAAGUGUGUUCUCUCCUUUGGUCUACAACGUAUAAAGAGAUUGUAUCCGGUCAUGGAUACGCGCAAAAUCAAUUAACAAUUUGGAAGUACCCAGGAAUGACGAAGGUUGCAGAAUUGACAGGCCAUACAAGUCGUGUUUUACAUUUAGCAAUGUCUCCGGAUGGUACCACAAUACUCAGCGCAGGAGCUGACGAAACUCUAAGAUUGUGGAAAUGUUUCCAACCAGACCCACAUAAAAAGAAAGAAACUAGUGAAAUAAAGUCUGUUACUUCUAGACUUAAGCAAUCGAUUCGAUAA